AUGCAAUACCAGGGGUUUCCGUUUACCGCGAUUGGGGUUGAACGUUUGCUGCGAUUGGGGCUGAAGAUGUUGGCUCUGAUUUGCCGGACCAAACUUGCGGACGGGUUCUCCCUACAUUGUUUGUCCCUUUUCACCCCGAUCUCUGGCGCCUUCGCCUCCGAACCCGACGCCUCCGACUCCGGCGCCUUCGCCUCCGAAUCCGACGCCUCCGACUCCGGCGCCUUCGCCUCUGAAUCCGACGCCUCCACCUUCGCCUCCGAUCUCCGGCGCCUUCACCUCUGA